UAGAGAACUAUAUAUGCCCGUUUGUGUGUCUUGCUAGCUCUCCUAACCCAUUUAAAGACCAAAAUCUCUAGAAAGAGCCAUAAAAAUGGAAGACUUUCUAAACGAAUCUUCAACUCUGGAACUCAUUCGCCAAUAUCUCCUUGGCGACUUUACCUCCUCAGAAACCCUUUUUACCAGUUUUAGUCCUACUUCCAACACCUCCAAGAUUAACAUGUUCAGUUCUUAUGAUCUCCAACCCGUAAAACACGAAUACUCUCCAUCCGAAUCCGAACCCAAUUCCCCCGUUUCCAUGCCCAAACCCGACGCCCCCAUGUCGAAAACCGCCUUUUCUGCCGCCGAUGUUAUGACAACGGACACAUUGGUUACCACGAAGACGUCGUCGUCGUCUUGCUCCGGCGAGCGGAGGCGGUAUAGGGGAGUUCGGCGGAGGCCGUGGGGAAAGUUCGCGGCGGAGAUCCGAGACCCGAACAGGAAAGGGAGCCGGGUCUGGCUGGGGACUUUCGACACAGACGUCGACGCUGCGAGGGCCUACGACUGCGCAGCGUUCAAGAUGAGGGGUCGGAAGGCGAUCCUCAACUUCCCGCUGGAGGCAGGGAUGUCCGAACCGCCGGAGAACACGGGCCGGAACCGGAAGAGGAGGAGAGAUCAGAAGGAAGCUUCCGAACAAUUACCGGAAAACUUGGAGUCGCCGGAGAGUUGGUUGUUUUCAGAGGAGGGUUGAAGAUGAUGGUAACUGUAAUGAUGACGUGUUGCCUUUUCAUUGGAGAACAGGUGGGGUCCAAAGGACGUGAAAGUUAGUUAUACAUUAUAUAUGCUCUCCUCCUCAGAACGGCGUCGUUCCUUGAAAGAAAGGUUUCAUCAGGCAAUCCCAAUUCCCAAAUAGUGGGAGCACUAAGAGUAGUACUGUUGAUAUUUUGUGAUUAAAAGAAUGUAUAAGAAUGAGCUAAUUAUAAGUGAGGUUAAUUAAGAGAAGUUUUCUUGAAUGCAAAUUGAAUGUUACAUUAUCAAUGUUUACGACCGUGUUCAAGUUUUUGUAUAGUUGAUUAAUUAUCCAUAUGCUACUGUUGAUCCAGAUUUGAUAAUUGGAUGUUAAUUAGGAUGUUUCUGGUUUAUAAUUCGAGUUUAUU